AUGACUUCCCCUUUCUUUGACCCCAUCCACGAUUCUCUUUCCUUCGACAUGGUUGAUAAUUUCUCCAUGGCACCAACAGAAGGAAACCAUGGCAAGGCAAAGCAAUUGGUGGUGAAAUCUGAAGCGCAGAAUAAUAAGGAAAGGUCUUACAUUGGUGUGAGGAAAAGGCCUUGGGGGAAAGUCGCAGCAGAGAUCAGAGAUACAACGAGGAACGGCGCAAGGGUUUGGCUUGGAACCUUUGACAGUAUUGAGGCUGCUGCAUUAGCUUAUGAUCAAGCUGCAUUUACCAUGAGAGGUGAUCAUGCUGUGCUCAAUUUUCCGGUGAAGACGGUGAAAAAGUCUUUGCAAGAGAUUCAAUAUAGCUGCUGCAAUGGUUCUUCUCCUGCACUUGCACUCAAGGAGAGGCACUGCAUUCAAAGAAAGUUGUCAUCAAAAGCUAAAAUGUGUAGAGGGAAAGAGACAUCAUCAUCAGAGGAUUCAACACAAAGUGUGGUGGUGUUUGAGGACUUGGGAGUUGACUAUCUUGAGCAUCUUCUUAGCGUAUCAGAUCAAAGUGAAAGUACAAGCCCUAGCUACUUCAACUAAACCUUUGUUACUAUUUUUUUGUUUCUUUUUCCUUGUUGUGUGUGGCCUUCAUCAAUUUCAAGCUAGGGUAUGUGUAUGUAUUAAUUGUGUUCUCUCUUCAGUUGAGAACCUGAAUUAAUUCUUUCUCCCAAGCGAAUUUAUGUGGUUACAUAUGUCUCUCUAGGUUUCAUGUUGAAGUGCUCUGAAUCAAUUUUUGCACCAACAAUCGUCCGUCACCUGCACAACUGGUUC